GUUUAACUUAGCCUAAAAACUCAUGAAAAUCCCACAAUUUGAGAAGCGAGAAAGAGGGAGAUUGUGCAAGAAAUGGGGGAGCAUGUGGAAGCAGACAACGCAGAAGCUAUCAUCAUGAGGAUCGAGCACAAAUCUCGCAAGAUCGAGAGCUUACUCAAACAAUACAAGCCGGUUGAAGCCCUCAAGACUGCUCUCGAAGGAUCUCCACCCAAAACGAGAGACGAAAGAUGCAAGUCUGCAAACUGGAUUGUUGUGCACAGAGCGUUAAUGGCGAUCAAAGAUGUGGAUCUGAUGUUCUCCUCUUUGGACCCCGAGUACUAUGAUAUUCUCAUGAAGUAUUUGUAUAGAGGAUUGUCUACGGGUGAUCGUCCCACCUGUGACCAAUGCCUGCGGAUUCAUGAAAAGCUUACUCAAAGAGCGGGUCUUGGAUGCAUUCUUCGAGCACUCAGCGAUACUGUAAAUACCGUUUAAUUUCUGUAACUCCCGUGAUUAUAAACCAGGUUAUCUACAACAUAAAUCAUAUUUCUUUCAUUCUAUGUUUGCUCAUUUCCCUUGAAGUUCAAGUUAGCAUAUAGUGGUUUAUGUUAGCGGUUUUCAUCAGAGGUCCAUCUUAGAGAUUCUUGAUAUCUUCUGAUGCGAUCCACAAAAUCGACGUGUUUAAAAGAAAAUUAAAUGUCAUUCUAUAUGUAUGUCAAUAUUUGAGACAUGAAUCACAUGAUAUGACAGAGAUUCUAGAGUGGUUUUGAUUGUA